AUGUCUAUUGAACUGGGUCUUUCGAGGAUCAGCAAGCUGCUAUCACACUUGGGUAACCCCCAGGACUCGCUGUCUGUAUUGCAUAUCGCAGGGACCAACGGGAAGGGGUCCGUUUGCAGUUACCUGUCUGCAUUACUGCAUUGCCAAAAAGCUGGGAAUACCGUCGGCAGGUUCACCACCCCGCACCUUAUUCAUGUGACAGAUUCAAUAACGGUUAACAACGUGCCAAUACCAUUGUUGGAAUUUAAUACACUAAAGGCAUCUCUGGAUGGUGUUAACAAGGCAAACGCCAUACAAUGUUCAGAAUUCGAAUUGCUGACAUGUCUGGCCCUGUCGUAUUUCAAGAAAAGAGAGUGUAAUUGGUGUGUCUUGGAAGUUGGGCUGGGUGGGAGACUAGAUGCUACUAAUGUGAUUCCUGGGAGAAGAAAACUUGCUUGUGGAAUCACAAAGAUUGGCCUCGACCACGAAUCUUUUUUAGGAAACACACUGCCGCAAAUAGCACGCGAAAAGGCAGGAAUAGUGACAGAGGGGACUAAGUACACAGUCGUCGAUGGGAGUAACGAUUCGAGCGUUUUUGAGGUGGUUAAGGAGCAAUGUGCUAAGGUGGGUCGGGACGUUUUUGUAUUACCAAUUCGAGUUGUACAACGAAAAAUAUCGCGACUUCGUCAUGGGGGAGACGUGUUAAUAACGCAGCUGCCACUUAACGGAGAGUACCAAAUUUGCAAUCUCCGAGUUGCAUUGGGGAUCUUGGACCACUUACAGCAAAUCAGUGUCAUAUCUUUAGAGAAACACGAUCUCUUAAAAGGAUUGCAAAGCAUCGUUUGGCCCGGGAGGUUACAGGAGCUGGAUUUCUGCUACUCUCAUGGAAAGACAAUUCCAAUACUAAUGGAUGGUGCGCAUAAUGGGAGCGCCGCAGUGGAACUGGCCAAAUUCAUCAAACUAAGGUACCAGGACCGUCCUGUAACAUUUGUCAUGGCUGUAACUGCAGGUAAAAAGCUGGACCCAUUAUUAGACCCAUUGCUACGGAAAAAUGACACGGUUGUGGUGACAAAAUUUGGUGCUGUCGAUGGCAUGCCAUGGGUCCGUGCUAAUGAUCCGGAAGGAUUGGCGCAGUUUAUCCGGGAAAAGUAUACGGAAAACGUUAAAGUACAACCUGACGUCCAUAAACUGCUAAUACAACUAGCCGAUGACACCAGUGAGCAGCCGGUAGUCGUAUGCGGAUCCUUAUACCUCUGCGGACAAUUACUUGCUAUGCACAACUCCAACAUGCAGUGA